UAGAAUUUAAUCACUCAUUUGGUCAGAGCUGGUAGGCUACAACCAAGCUCCACACACACCGAGAGGGGAAAAGAGAGAGAAGGAGUGAGUUUAAAGGAGAAGAGAAAGAGGAAACGGUGUCUGUUGGAGAGGAAGCCUCACUCACACCUCCAGGAACAUAGCGAAGAGGGAAUUGCAAGACCAGAGACACAGCAACCUAGCCUGGGAGCAGGAGGACUGACCAGCCUACUGAACCACACAGGCAGAGAAUAUAACAGAGAAUAAAACCUGAGCCCUUGGGGUACAGAAGACCCGUGACAACAGCCACUCUGAGCCAGUGGAUCCACAACAACAUUCUGCCACCCUGAUCCAGACACUGAGGAAGCAGAGAUCCAGAGAUCCAGAGUGACCCCCAACAGCACCCUCGCGCUGCCUUCCAGAGUAGAAUAUGUCCUGCCAGCCCAGCCAACCCUGCCGCUGAGCCGCUGGGGCACCAUGAUAUCCCACUACCCCCUGGCCAUCCUGCUGCCCUGGCCCCCCGGUCCCCACGGACACUGCUCCGACAUGGAGGCCUCUCUGCUGGAUGGGGAGGGAGGGGUGGCCCUGCAGAGGUACCAGGCUCGAUCACCAGAGAGCAGCCCCCGACACUGGAGCUCGGUGCAGGACUGGGGGGAGGAAGUGGAGGAGGGAGCAAUAUACAACGUGACACUGAAGAGGGUCCAGAUUCAGCAGGCUGCCAACAAGGGAGCAAGAUGGCUGGGGGCUGAGGGGGACCGGCUGCCCCCUGGCCACACAGUGAGCCAGCUGGAAACCUGUAAGAUCCGGAGUAUCCGUGCAGGAACGCUGGAACGGCUGGUGGAGACCCUGUUGACGGCGUUCGGGGACAAUGACCUCACUUACACCAGCAUCUUCCUGUCCACGUACCGCGCCUUCGCCAGCACACACACCGUGCUGCAGCUGCUGUUGGACAAAUAUGGAAUUCCAGAGGAUAGUGAAGGACCGAUGGAGCGAUGUAGACCCUCUGAAACCAAAGGAGCCGUUCGAACUGCCCUGGCCUCCAUCCUUCGAGUCUGGCUGGACCAGUGUCCAGAGGACUUCCAGGAGCCUCCAUCUUACCCCUGCCUCCACAGAGUCAUGGCCUAUCUACAGAGGGCCCUGCCUGGAUCGGAGCCCAUUCGUAGAGCCCAGAGUCUAUUGGGGCAGCUACAAGCCGAGGCCAGUCUGGAUCCAGACUCCGAGGGUUUCUCUGGCGGUUUCCAUGGCAACAGCUCCUUCUGCCUGGGUGAGGAUGAGGAAGUGGAGAUCGAGGUCCAGGAAGACUUCCUGUCAUUUGAUGCAGAUUUGGUGGCCGAGCAGCUAACCUAUAUGGAUGCGUUGUUGUUCAAGAAGGUGGUUCCUCACCACUGUCUGGGUUCCAUCUGGUCCCAGAGGGAUAAGAAGCAAAACAAGCACAGUGCUUCCACCAUCCGUGCCACCAUCACCCAGUUCAAUGCUGUGGCAGCAUGUGUGGUCAGCACCAUACUGCACCGACGCCAGAUCCGCCCGCACCUCAGGGCACGGGUCAUCCAGCGCUGGAUAGACGUCGCUCAGGAGUGUCGCAUGCGUAAGAACUUCUCCUCGUUGCACGCCAUCGUAUCUGCACUGCAGUCCAACCCACUCUACAGACUGAAGAGGGCCUGGUCCUGCGUGCACAAAGACGGCAUCUCUACGUUCGAGGAACUAUCAGACAUCUUCUCAGAUCACAACAACUACCUGACCAGCCGAGAGCUGCUGAUGAGGGAGGGCACCUCUAAGUUUGCCAAUCUGGAAGGCUGUGCUAAGGAGCACCAGAAACGCAUUCACAAACGACUCCAGCUGCAGAAGGAAAUGGGUGCCAUGCAGGGGACGAUACCUUACCUGGGCACCUUCCUGACAGACCUGACCAUGCUAGAUACUGCUCUACCAGACCUAGUAGAGGGUGGGCUCAUCAACUUUGAGAAGAGACGGAGGGAGUUUGAGGUGAUUGCUCAGAUCAAGCUGCUGCAGUCUGCGUGUAACAGCUACUGUCUGAGUGCUGACGCUGCCUUCCUGCGCUGGUUCAAGAGCCAGCCCCAGCACAGUGAGGAGGAGAGCUAUGCUAUGUCUUGUGACAUUGAAGGAGUGGGAGACAGCAGUCCUACUUCACCCAAACCCCGCAAGAGCAUGGUCAAGAGACUUAGCCUACUGUUUCUGGGUGUAGACUCCUCGGCAGCGAGUUCCCCGUUGAGGGAAACACCUCGGUCGCCCCCUACUGGCAGCUCUGGGGAGAGCAUGGACUCAGUAAGUGUGUCGUCUAGUGACUCCAGCCCUUCAGAAAGCGAUGGCAUGGCCAUGACCCCUAUACACACCUCCGACACUCAGCAGAACAAGUUGUCUGAGUCUUCUUCCUGUACUUCUCUCCACUCCAUGGACACCACCUCAUCAUCAGCCAGUGUUCCAAUGACCCCAGCCUCUCCCUCUCUCCCCGGGCCACCCUGCAUGCACCGUCGCUCUGUCUCCCUGACACCCAUGUCCCCCUCCUCCCCCCUGCCCCCGGCCUACAACACCCAGGCCCAGGACGCCUGCAUCAUCAGAGUCAGCCUGGAGCAGGGCAAUGGCAACCUCUACAAGAGCAUCCUGUUGACGAGUCAGGAUAAGACUCCAGCAGUGAUUUCUAGAGCUGUGGCCAAACACAACCUGGAGAGUGAGCCUGGGGAGGGAUAUGAGCUGGUGCAGGUCAUCUCUGACGAGAGAGAGCUGGUGAUUCCAGACAACGCCAACGUCUUUUACGCCAUGAACACCUCAGCCAAUUUUGACUUCCUGCUGCGUGUGCGAGGCACCGCGGGGAGGCCGGUCCAGCUGAGAAGUCGCUGCGCCUCCACACUCCCCCGCGCCCAGCAGCGCUCCAGCCUGUCUCUGCGCCUCAGCAAGGUCACACUGUGACUCCCAGGACAGGGGCACAAGGACUGGAGGGACCACAGACUUGAGGGGGUGGGAGACUGAGAAGGAAGCAUGGGGGAGUGAGUUGAAGUCAAUGAGACUCUGAAUACCCUAUUCCCAAAACCCCUGUCCCCAAUCGGACCCCCACCUCUCAGUGCCCACGUACAUCCCCCAACUCCAGAAGCAGCCUGUGGCCUUCCAAUCCCUGUCCCUACCACCCCCCAACCCCUAUGGACUAUUAUGGAUGUGUAGUGGGACUUCAGUGCCAUAUAGAAUAUAGAUGCCUUUGGCAGAGCGAGACAGUGCCCCCCUCCCCGCAACCUUCCGCUCUCCACAUGAAGAGGUUUUGCACAUGCAGGAGGAGUGAUUCCUGCCCUCCAUCAGUAUUCAGCUUUUUUUUAAUCAACUCUCUUCUUUCCUGUGAUGCCUGUUAUGUUUCCCAUUCAGAGGGAGAUGGGAAGGAGAGUGAGACUGUGAUGUCCAGUCCUGUUGCCUUUAUUAAUGAUGAUGAACUCCUGUGUCAGUAUUAAUCUGGGUGAUUGAUUGACAGGAGCUGUGUGAUGUCACUAUCUUUCUUCUUUGUUUCCUUCACCUCAUUGUGUGCACUGUGUGUAACACACCGGACUGCGCUUCUAAUAUUCUGAGCUGUGUGACGAAUACCAUUAUAGAGGCAUUCUGAUAGGUUCCUACUUGGUUUUAACAAGUCCUUUCCUUUUGAAAUUGCUUAGCUGUCCUAUCUCAUCUGUAGGGUGUAGUGACACAUAGGAUGGGUCUCUAUGUGAGGCCCGGAUUGAGCGGCCUGCCGCGCUGAUUAGCAGUCCUGAUAGAGAUGCACUUGUUGGUGGCUAGGUGACGUCAGGAGGUGGGAAAUGGGUGGAAUGAGUGACCUGCUCUUCUUCUUUUCACCUCUGCACAAAAUGAAGUAUAGUUUUGUUUUCCUCUGUUUUUUACAGGGCAGAAGAAAAAAGUAUAUGUAUCAAACUUGGAGAGGGUUCCAAAGGAUGAUGUUCUUAAAUUAUAUGUGAAUUCAGAUUGUCAGAAAGAAGACAGUGCCAGAUUUGCUGUGCUUCAUUUGGAAUCGUGACAGAGGGACAGACUCUCACUCCAGUGCUCAGUGGGUGCACAUUACAUUAAUGAGUACUGGGGCUUAUUCAGGAGGGUGCAGGGUUAAGGUCUAUCUGCUGAACACUCCGUCACUUAUCAUGUGCACUUGGGUGGAGUCGAAUUUUUUAGACCAGCGCCGUAUGGCAACAUGAUACCCUCGCCGGUCCAUGUGUUCCUAGACCCCCGAUUUUAUAAACAUUCACAAGGCUGCAAUGGCAGAGAUUUUCUUCCCAUUUGUGAUAAAACGAAGAACCACAUUGAAAACUACCACUGUUGGCUAAUUUAAAAGAAAACCAACUGCAUUUUUGAAUAAUAGCUAAAUCUAAUGAAAGUUUCAGUUUGUUUUACAUUACCUCAUUUUGUGCCUGCCAGUUGGCUGUAGGCUAAAAACAGCAAGCUAGCCUUUCCAUCUUCCCACAUCUUCCCAAUUUAUAAUUAAAUAAAUGCCCUGGCAAAUAUUCUUCUACUUGCCAGUGUAACCUACGACAUUAUUCCAGUUUAAUCUGCUGCUUGAAUGUAUUCGCUCCCAUAUCAGCUAAAAAUAGAAAGUGGUCAUUUUUGCUCAUGGAGAAAAAGCACAUGGCUAGCAGCUGUUUUACCAUUUAGAAGUAGCCUAAAAUCAAGUAAUUACUUCUAAACAAAAUAUGUUUUGUGGGGGGAUUCUAAUAAGGCUAUAAUGUUUAUGGUUUGUGGGGGGAUUCUAAUAAGGCUAUAAUGUUUAUGGUUUGUGGGGGGAUUCUAAUAAGGCUAUAAUGUUUAUGGUUUGUGGGGGGAUUCUAAUAAGGCUAUAAUGUUUAUGGUUUGUGGGGGGAUUCUAAUAAGGCUAUAAUGUUUAUGGUUUGUGGGGGGAUUCUAAUAAGGCUAUAAUGUUUAUGGUUUGUGGGGGGAUUCUAAUAAGGCUAUAAUGUUUAUGGUUCGAACAGUCGCUGAGAUUACAUUUAGUUAUCAAUGCAAAAUAGGCUACUUUAGUUCUUAGCAUCAGAUCACUUUUGUUUUCACGGAUUUAUAGCAACACUGGUGCUUAUUUUUAAAGCAAAUUGAUAGAUGUAGAGUUAAUGAUUUAGUGAAGAGUAAAUGUUUUGCGGGAAAAUUAAUUCAACGUAUAAGGAACUUGACUUUUUUCACCGCAACCCCACUUUUUUCUACCACUACAUCAGUGUGUGAAACAGCUUUGUGCCAAAAGAGAGAGGAACAAAAUCACAUUUUUUGGGUUCAAUUUCAACCAAGUGAGUUUGGUGGUAAAAUACAGCCUCAUUAUCUACACAACAGUGCCCCCACCCUCACAAAAGGAAUAAUAUGCUGCAUUUCAACGUUUUUGUGGAGAAAAUCCGCAUAGCAAGCGACUAGGUAGGCUUACGUACUACAAGGAGCCGCCCAUUUUGUGGUGAAAAAUGACAUUCAAGUACUGCGUUUGCGUAAACUUUCAGAUGGAAAUUGUCAUUCGGAAUAGGCAGUCAUGUCUGCUCUUACAACAGUCUCAACAUUGCAGCCACCUGUGCACCGAGCCACAGCCAAUCACUCACUCCCAAUAGUUUGAGUCACAGACGAUAUGAAGAAAAGAAAUCACACCAGCCCACACUAUGACACUAACUCAGUUCCUCCUGUGCCCAGGCCUCUACACACACUACACACACACACCUCCUACUUUAACAGAAACCCUUACUGGCUCCCACACACUGCCUAACCAGCAUUAACACCAUCACCCCAUCGGUCACACACACACACACACUGAAUGCUGUCCCUCCUGUGCCAUAAAUACCUAUUCUCUCCUUGCACACUGUGGUUAUGGUUAUAACACUCGUUCGCUAAUACUGACAUUCUGGCCAUCUCACUGAACGCAGUGUACUGAUCUGUUAUUGGUCAUACUAAAGGCUGGGCAAGGUUUACUCUGUGGUCGAUUUCCUCCUAUCUUGAUUCUCAUUCAGCACUUGUGAUUUUUCUCUCAUGAACUUUGUGUACUUCUUCACUGCCAAAGAAUUCUCUACCUAAAUAAAUUAUUAUCAUUACUAUGA